AUGGAGCUUCCGGGACGACAAACUAGUAUGAAUGAACCCAUCGCCAUCAUAGGAACUGCUUGUCGAUUGCCAGGUUCUGCAAGCUCCCCAUCUAAACUCUGGGAGCUUAUCAAGGCCCCGCAAGAAAUCCCACGCCCUGUCACCGAGGAUAGACUCAACCUAUCCAACUUCUACAGCCCCGACGGUGAGAGUCACGGCAGUACUGAUGUCAGGAAGCAACCCUACCUACUCAAUGAAGACAUUCGGCGUUUCGAUGCAUCCUUUUUCCGCAUCAACCCCAAAGAGGCUGCUGGCAUGGACCCACAGCACCGUAUUCUGUUGGAGACUGUUUACGAGGCGUUUGAGGCAGCAGGAUUGCCUCUGGGCUCAGUCGAAGGAUCGCAGACAUCCGUCCAUGUUGGCGUUAUGACUGACGACUACGCCAUGAUCCAAGCCCGGGAUAUUGAUAGCAUGGGAAGUCAUGCAGCCACUGGCCUAUCCCGCUGCAUCUUGUCCAACCGUGUCUCUUAUGCAUUCGACUUGCGUGGGCCCUCAAUGACUGUCGACACAGCGUGCUCCAGUUCACUUGUCGCCCUUCAUUUGGCAGUCCAGAGCCUUCGAAAAGGAGAGGCAUCCCAGGCGGUUGUGGGAGGGACCAGUCUGCUGCUCGACCCUCACUGGUUUGUGGCCGAAUCGUCACUCCACAUGCUGUCCUCGGAUUCUCGCUCCCGAAUGUGGGAUGUGGAAGCCAAUGGAUAUGCUCGCGGAGAAGGCUGUGCGGUGGUAAUCCUCAAGCCUCUCAACAAAGCCAUACAAGAUGGCGAUCACAUUGAAAGCGUCAUCCGCGAAACAGGCGUCAACUCGGAUGGCCGAACAAACGGCAUGACAAUGCCCUGCCCCAUAGCGCAGGCCACUCUGAUUCAGAAAACGUACCAGAACGCAGGUCUGGAUCCCGUCACCGAUCGGUGCCAGUACUUUGAGUGUCACGGCACUGGCACCCAAGCCGGUGACCCAGUCGAGGCUCGUGCUAUCAGCAGCGCAUUCUUUCCUUCAACUACGCUUGACCAGAAAGAUACCGCAAAGGCUGAUCCAAUCCCACUGUACUGUGGCUCGAUUAAGACUAUCGUGGGUCACCUCGAAGGCUGCGCUGGGUUAGCCGGCCUUCUUCGGGCAUCCCUUGCAGUCCAACACGGCGUUAUCCCGCCCAACAUGCAUUUCAAUGAGCUCAACCCGUCCGUCAAACCUUUUUACACGAAUCUCUGUGUGCCUACGUCGCCCCUGACGUGGCCAGAUACCCAUGGUCAACCUCGUCGCGCCAGCGUCAACAGCUUUGGCUUUGGCGGCACAAAUGCCCACACUAUUAUCGAAAGCUACGUUACUCCUGCGGAGACUCUUCCAUCCUCCAAACAAACGGCAGCUGUCAAAUCGGUCGCCAGGCAAGAAAUUGAUGGUUUCGGACUCAUCGGUCCGUUUGUGUUCUCAGCCAGGAGUCGCACGUCACUUUCCCAGUCACUUCGACAAACCCUAGACCAUCUGCGGAUCAAUCCGGCGCUGGAUUUAGAUGCCUUGAGCAGCGUGCUGCAUUCGAACCGAAGCGCCUUGACAUACAGAAUAGUAGUUCCGGCAAUGGCAAGUCGCCAGAAGCUACUAGAAAGCUUAGAGGAACAUGCCAAGCUCGCAUCUAGCGUACAAACCAGUGAGUCGUUUGGCGUCAGGGCCUUGAAUGAGUCGGGUGCGACCAAGCACCCAGGGAUCCUCGGCAUCUUCACUGGACAGGGUGCUCAAGCUGCCCAGAUGGGCCGACAAUUGGUAAAAUACUGCACAAUCUUCCGCCAGUCCAUUCAAAAAUGCGAGGCCGACUUGAAGUCACUUCCCGAAGGUCCUACUUGGUCAUUGAUGGAGGAGUUGAUUGCGGAAGAGAAGGUUUCGCGUCUCUCUGAGGCCGUCAUCUCCCAACCUCUUUGCACGGCCCUUCAAAUUGCCCUUGUCGACCUCCUGAAAACGGUCGGCAUUGAGUUCGCUGCCGUUGUUGGCCACUCCUCUGGCGAGAUCGGUGCUGCGUAUGCCGCUGGCCUUUUGAGCGGAAGGCAUGCCAUGGGUAUCGCGUACUACCGCGGUCAAGUGGCCCACCUGGCAAAGGGGCUGGGCGGGAAAGCAGGAGGUAUGAUGGCGGCAGCCUUGACUUUUCAAGAUGCCAAGUCUCUUUGCUCAGAGCCCCGAUUCAAGGGACGGGUCAGUGUGGCAGCGGGCAAUGCGCCCUCCAGCGUCACUCUGUCUGGUGACUUGGACGCCAUCGAAGAGAUCAAGGGUGUCUUGACAGCAAAGAAGAUCCAGGCUAGGCAGCUCAGAGUCGAUACAGCCUACCACUCGCAUCACAUGCUUGAGUGUACUGAGGCAUACCUGAGCCUUCUUCAGCAGCUCAAGGUGCAAAUCCGCAAGCCAGCUGAGGAUAACGCAUGCGUAUGGUUCUCCAGUGUGCGGAACAGCACUGACAUGGUCACCCAUCAUGUUCAUCAGAAAGGUCUGGAGGACCAGUACUGGGUUGAUAACAUGGUUCAGCCAGUGCUGUUCUCCGAGGCUGUGCAGUUUGCGAUCCAGAGCCUUCCGGCACGCUUUGCGAUCGCUCUCGAAGUUGGACCACAUCCUGCUUUGAAGGGUCCAGUGAGCCAAACUAUCAAAUCAUUGUCAAUUCCUCCUGUUCCGUACGUUGGCUGCUUGGAGCGCGAGAAAGGAGGCAUUGAGAGUAUGUCAUCGGCCCUCGGAACGAUCUGGAGCUACCUGGGUCCCUCUGCCAUCGACUUUGGCGCUUGGCGAGAGAGCUUCAAUUUACCCAGGCAACGGAUCCCUCUCAAAGGCUUGCCCACGUAUGCGUGGGACCAUGACCAAGUGUACUGGCUAGAAUCCCGUCUCUCACAUAACAUGCGUGUGGGUGGCCAGCUGCCACACACUUUGCUCGGCCGUCAGCGCGAAGACACUCCAUACGAGAAGACGUGGCGAAACUUCUUUCACUUGAAAGAGAUGCUGUGGGUCACGGGCCACACGUUCCAGGGCCAAGUUCUCUUUCCUGGAGCUGGCUAUUUUAGUAUCGCUUUAGAGGCGUCAAAAGCCUUUGUCCAGGGCCGCCCCAUCAAGCUGCUUGAGGUCAGAGAUAUGAACAUACCCAAAGCACUGGUCAUCGGUGAGGAUGAAGGAGUUGAAGUCGUCUUUACGAUGCGCAGCAAGACGCUUCACACAACGGUAUCAGACGGCUCAAGCUUAGAAGCCGAGUUCGUUGCUUACAGCUGCUCGGAUGGACGCGUCUUGGACAAAACGUGCGAUGCCCGUUUAUUCGUCCAUCUUGGUGAUUCUAUCGAGCUGUUUCUGAGAUCGACCUUGGCUACGCUGGAGCGUUUCGUAGGACUGGGGACCGUUCUUUCCACCGCAGAGAAGUCAAUGGGAAGCCCCUUGCUCCCAGUUGGAAUUCGACGAGCCUUCAUCAAUCCCAAUCAGAACUACGAGGAUGAGCCCGGCUCAACGAACAUCGAGAUCGAGGCCAUGAUGGUGACUGCAAAUGCUGCCAUUGUUGAGGUUGACAUCAGUUUAUGUGCUAAGAAAACAAACGAAACCCAGAGCUGCGGCAUUCAGAUCGAUGGCCUGAUACUCAAAGCGAUCGCUGAACCACAGCCGUCUGAAGACCGCAACUUGUUUGUCAAGACUAUCUGGGAUGCUGACAGUGCCUACGGCCUUGCUGUCACAUCGCCAACUCCAGCUGAUGAGGCUGAUCCCCCAUCUGUGAUAGACGCGUGUGAGCGAAUCACUCUGUUCUACAUGCAAAACCUCAUUCGCAAGCUCUCUGCAAAGGACCUGGAGUCUGCAACGUGGUACCAUCAAGAGUUGUUCCGCUACAUACACACCACGGUGUCCACAAUCCGGGACAAAAAGCAUGCGAUCCUGCGUGAAGAGUGGUUGGAUGACGACCGUGAGACCAUCCUGAAGCUUAUCGAUGAGCAUCCAGAGAGCGUCGACAUAGAGAUGCUGGUCGCAGUGGGUGAAAACCUGCCAUCCGUGGUCCGGAAAGAGUCUGGGAUGAUGGAGCACAUGUUGAACAACGACCUGCUCAGUCGGCUUUAUAAAGACAGCCGCGGGCUAGCAGCAUGUAAUCAGCAAGUUGCCAACCUGAUGCGUCGAAUCAGUCACAAGCACCCCCGAAUGAGGAUACUCGAGAUUGGCGCCGGUACAGGUGGCACAACUCUCGGCAUUUUGAGCGCCAUAGGUGAAGCAUACACCUCUUAUACAUGCACAGACAUCUCAGCAAGUUUUUUCAACGGUCUGUCGGAGAAACUGCCCGAGGCACACACGUCAAAGGUCAACUUUAAAGUCUUUGACGCGGAAAGGCCACCAGGGGCCCAAGGGUUUGCCGAGGGCAGCUACGACAUCGUCAUCGCGGCCAAUGUACUCCAUGCAACACGAAAGCUGUCCGAGACGGUGAGAAAUGCCAGAGCUCUCUUGCGACCUGGUGGCCAUCUCAUUGCUAUCGAGGUUACAGGCGGCAUGAUCCGUGAAACCGGCCUUAUGGGCGGCUUAGAGGGCUGGUGGCUCGGCACAGGUGAAGGAAGAAAAAUGGGCCCUGGCAUUGAUCCUCGCGAAUGGGAUAGCAUUCUUGAGGAGAACGGGUUCUCUGGCGUUGAUUGUAUCACCCAUGAUCAUCCGGAUACCGCUCGACACAGCUGCUCAGUUUUUGCGACUCAGGCAGUCGAUGAACGAGUCGAAGUCUUGCGAGAGCCUCUCUCUUCCAUGUCCCUGAUCCCAAAAUGCCCUGUGCUCAUCUUGGGAGGCAAGUCGUUGGCCGUUUCCAAGCUAGCUCGCCGGACAGCCAAGAUUUUGAGUCUCUGGUCGCCAGAGGUUAGAACCUGCAGCACCAUCGACGGUCUGGAUUUGUCCAGUAUGCUUCCAGGAACGUUUAUCUUGUGUCUUUCAGAUCUGGACAACCCCUUUUUCGCCGAACCGCCGACGCCUGAAAGGCUUGACAGGCUGCAGGGAAUGCUGGGUGUCGCACACAACAUGUUGUGGGUUACUUGCGGGCGCAUGGUCGAUGACCCCUACGCCAACAUGAUGGUAGGCAUUGGCCGUGCUCUCGCUGUGGAAUUGCCGCACGUAAACAUGCAUUAUCUCGAUUUUGAUUGCCCUGAGGCGUGGAACUCUGACGUUCUUGUGCGCCACGUUCUUCGAAUGGCGUUCACAUUGGCGUCGUCUACAGCUACGCAAGAAAUGCUCUGGAGCGAAGAGCCAGAGGUCCUGGUCAAAGGCAGUGAGAUACUUGUGCCUCGUAUUGUGCCCGAUCACGCCGCCAACGAGACCCUUAACGCCAAGCGUCGGAAAAUGAGCAAAACUGUCACAACGGAGAGGAUCACCAUCGACUCUAGUAACAUCGCCUCGCAACAACCCCAGCUGGUCACUGGCGACAGCCUUUCGGUGCCUGAAAAUCAUACAGCAGUCGAUGUCAAGUUGUCGUUGGCUUUGCACACUGGAGCCGAAAAACCAUGCUUCCUUUGUUUCGGUCGUGUACAAAGCUCUGGUCAGCUAGCAUAUGUGGGCGAGGUUCUCGUACUGUCUGCAAUCGAUUCUUCAACGGUCGUUGCCCCCACAGAAAGCCUUCUAGAGUGCUGCGACGUGCAAGCUAUCAAUGCUGAAAGCCUGGUGGGCACGGCAUUUGCCCUGAUUGCUUUGCAAGUGGUCCGCAGCGUCCCUCAGCACGGUACGACCCUUGUCUUCGGGGCUACAGUGGACAUGGCCCACGCCAUCUCCGCUGUAGCAGCUGGAACAGGGCACAACAUCCUGUUCGUUGCUGUCGACUCGGUUGACGAAAGGAAGCGAGAAAACUGGAUCGUAUUGCAUCCUCGUGCCUCUGCUCGCGUCGCUCAAAGACAGAUCCCUAAGGAUACAUCACUGGUCAUCAACAUGUCAAAGGACAAUCUCGAGACGAAUGUGCCCUUCCUCCCCCUGUCUUGCGUCAUUCAGACCUUUGACCCUAGCGGUCUUCUUCAUGAACCCAGCAAGGAGGUCGCUGCUGCACUGGGCAAAGCGCAUGACACGUACCGUUCAUUAGCCAGAGAAGAAGCCAGCCAACCAUCCGCCAAGAUGGUUGUUAACAUUGCUGAAGCUCCCCGUCAGCUUCUGGCCGACCGGGACCGUCUGUCCCUCAUAUUGGAUUGGGAGCGCCAUGGGCCAGUCAGCGCAGUCGUCCGACCCCUCGAAGCAAGUAGCCUCUUCUCCACUGACAAGACAUACUUCCUUGUUGGAAUGGCUGGAGAGCUUGGCCAGUCACUUUGUCGCUUUAUGAUCCGUGGUGGUGCUCGCCACAUUGUCCUUGCCAGUCGUAAUCCGGCCCAAGAUCCACAUUGGCUCAAGGAACUGCGGUCAUCUGGAACCAACGUCCGCAUUGUCAAAAUGGAUGUGACGGACCGAGCACAGGUGCACAAGACGGUUUCCAUGCUUCGGAGGACCAUGCCUACGAUCGGGGGCGUUGCUAACGCUGCUUUGGUUUUUGAAGCUGGCAUAUUUGUCAACUUCUCGGCAGACAAUGUCACGAGACAGCUCAAACCCAAAGUCGAUGGCUCGCUCCACCUUGAUGAAGCGUUUGCCUCGGACAAUCUCGAAUUUUUCCUGACAUUCGGCUCUCUGGCAACCGUGUGCGGAAAUCCGGGCCAGGCCAUGUACCACGCCGGCAAUAUGUUCAUGUCAAGCUUGGUGGAAAAGCGCAGACGGCGGGGCCAGGCGGCCUCUAUCCUCAACUUCGGUCUGCUUGUUGAUGUAGGCUACGUUGCCCGAAUGGACCGUGCUGAUGGUACCAACAUUGAGGGCACGCUCCGUUCCCUACUCUUGACCCCCCUGUCGGAAGCGGAGCUGCAUCAUCUUGUGCUUCAAGGCAUCAUAUCAGGCCGACCAGGAUCUGCCUCUGGAGAAGUCAUCAUGGGAAUGCCGCCCUAUAUAGAUGAUGGGACAGCGGUCGCUCGUCCGCCAUGGGUUGAGAAAGCCUUCUUUUCUCAUAUGAUUCACGCGCCAAUAUCUACCAGUGCGGCGAGCCAUGGGUCACCCCAAGCAUCAACAUCCAACACGUUGCAUCACCUGCGCAGCAGUCUCAACCGGGCCGGUAAUAUUACAGAAAUAACGCAAGGCGUCCGCGAACUCAUGUUCAAGAAGAUCGAACUGAUGAUCAAAGUGCCAAGGGAUUCUAUUGAUGCUAGUUCACCGUUGGCAGAUCUAGGGCUUGACUCUCUACACGGUAUCGACAUCCGAAAGUGGUUACUUGAAGAUCUCAAGGUCAACAUCCCGCUGCUUAAGAUUCUUGGCCGUGAGCCGCUGUCAUCGCUUUGCGAUCACAUAGCCCAGAGCUUCAUGGAAACCCAAGGGGAUUCCGUCAACCAAGUGGAGGCACCCAAAGAGAUAAAGGAAGGAUCGAGCAUCCCUGAUCUGAAUAUUCCUGAGCCACAGGGGAAAAGCGAUGUCGAUGUUGGAGCAUCCAGGGCAUCGGCACUUGAGUUUUCACCAGAGGAGUCCAGGGAUAGCGAUUGGGAAGUCCCGUCAGCAUCCCCAGGUACUCCGAUGUCGUCGGCCGACGAGACUCUUUCAAUUGAUUCCGGCGCUUUUGGUGAAGUCCGUGAGGUGGACCCUGAUAUCCCGCCGUCUUCGCCUUCAUCCCCGCUCGUUGGAACCAACAACUCAGAGUGGCCAAAUCCAGAGAGGAUGGCUUUUAAGCGCAGUGAACGGUUGUCUUUCGCACAAGCAGGAAUCCAUUUCUUACACACUUUCUUGAAAGAUUCCAGCUCUUUCAAUGUCACAACGCGCUAUUCUGUCAGAGGGCGAUUGAAUACGGCCAGGCUAGCGGACGCUAUCGAGAAGACACUAGGCCACCAUGAGGCCUACCAGACAUGCUUCUUCGCCAGCUCAGGUAGCGCACAGGUUAAGCAGAACGUUACGAGUGACGCCAAGUUACGCAGAUUGAGGCACAUUGCUUCAACCACGGAACAGGCGGCCGGCCAUGCCCAAGAGGCCUUCAAAGACGUUGCAAAUACGGAAUAUCAGCUCGCAUCGGGUGAGACAUUCCGGGCUGUUCUGGUAACCCACGGACCCGAGAAGCAUACUCUCAUCUUUGGCUUCCACCUCAUGGCGAGCGAUGCCCUCAGCUUUAGCAUCUUCCUCCGCGACCUCGAUCGAGCUUACCAGAUGCGACCUCUGGCAGCCAGCACGGGCUCGUACUUGGAUUUCAGUUGCCGACAACACGAAGACAUCGAAGCCCAUCGCCUUGAUGCCUCUAUCAGGUACUGGAGACAGCAUCUCGAUCCGAUACCGGAUACUCUGCCCUUGCUGCCGAUCGCUCAAGCAAGUUCGCGGAAAGCAAGCCGAGCACAUCAGAACCACAUCGUCGAGCGAAAGGUUGAGGUCGCCAUGGUCAAAAAAGUCAAAACAGCUAGCCAAGCCUGCGGCGCCACAUCGAUGCAAUUUUACUUGGCUGUCAUGCAAGUUUUAAUAGCUCGUCUCGGUAAUGUUGACGAUCUAUGCAUCGGCAUUGCGGACAGCGGCCGAAGUCAUACAACAGACUUUUCUGAUUCAAUCGGCCACUUUGCCAACAUUCUCCCGGUUCGAUUCAAAAUUGAUUCUGUCCAGUCAUUCAAGGAAUUGGUAAACCAAACCUCGCACUCUGUGCUACAAGCAUUCGACAACUCGCAAGUUCCAUUCGAUCUGCUCCUCGAAAAGCUAGGAAUUGAGCGAUCCCCAGCGUACACACCUCUCUUCCAAGUCGCCUUCAACUACCGUGUCGGCGACAUAUUGCAACGGUCAAUUGGCGACUGUGCUUUGUCCAUGGAACAGUAUGUCGACAUCAAGACACCGUACGACUUGGUCAUCAACGUCACCCAGGCAGGGUCGCAAGGCCAUCUUGUCGAGUGCAUUACCAACGGGCGCUUGUACUCAAUAGCCGCUACAGAGUUCAUAACCGAAACAUUCGUUGGCUUAGUUGAAUCUCUGGCUAAGGACCAAUUCAUCAAAGUAAGAGACUGUAAGCUGUUCAACAACGAGCAGGUCGAAGGCGCUGUCACUCUCGGACGAGGACCGACAAUUAAACAUACUUGGCCCAAGACGCUGUCGGAGAGGUUCCAGGAUGUUGUUUCUUUGUUUCCCAACUCUAUCGCCAUCAAAGACGACAACGAGUCCCUGACGUACAACCUCUUGACCAGUCGCGUUGGCCUUUACGCUUCUUCUCUUGUCAACGCUGGGGCUGGGCCCGGCUCGCGUGUGGCAGUUUUGUGUGUGCCAAGUAUCGACAUCUAUGCUACAAUGCUUGCGGCUCUUCACAUUGGGGCCGUAUAUGUGCCACUCGACGUCAAUCUUCCAAUUGCGAGGCUCCGUAGCAUGAUGGACGCCUGUAAGCCAGACGUGUUAGUUUUCCAUGCGGAAACGGACGAGGCCGCCAAGGAAUGCUCCCGUGGUGGCAGAACUCGCACACUUGACUUGUCCGAGUUGCAGGAACAUACUCCCAGAAGUGAUAACCCACCUCCGCUCGCUUCUACGUCUGCCACACAGGAAAGCUUCCUUCUAUUUACCAGCGGCUCCACAGGCACGCCAAAGGGAAUUCGUCUGGGCCAACGAGGCAUCAUGAACUACGCUGCGUCAAAGAGCGCCGUGCUCGGCCUAGGCCAAGUGCGUGUACUGCAGCAGACAUCAUGUGGCUUCGAUAUGGCGAUUGCCCAAGCGUUCAAUGCUUUUGCCAAUGGAGGUACUCUUGUGAUUGCCCCUACAGAAGCCCGUGGCGAUCCGACCAUGAUUUCAAAAAUCAUGCUGGAUGAGGCCAUCGAAUUCACUUUGGCUACCCCCUCGGAAUAUCUCAUGCUUACUGCCUAUGCCGCUGAUACUCUGCAAAGGUGCACAUCGUGGCGCUUUGCGUGCUCAGGUGGCGAAGUUGUCUCCGUCAGACUUGUCAACUCUGUACGACGACUAGAGCUCCCUGAGCUAAAUUUCAUGGACUGCUAUGGCCCGACGGAAGUUUCGUGCGCCGUCACAUUCCGAACGAUCCAGUUGGGUACCGGCGGUGCGGACAGCACUGAUGAACGUAACGGCUUAGAAGAUAGCCCUGCGAGCAAAAUCGUCGGGAAAGCCAUCUCCAACACAUCGAUCUAUAUUCUCAGUGAAGAUGGCAAGACAGCUCUGCCUUUCGGUAUGCCGGGUGAAAUUUGUAUCGGCGGUAGCGGCGUUGCCCGAGGAUAUCUUGAUUCUAGGCUCAGCCAGGACAAGUUUGUACCAAAUCCGUUCGCAACACCUGACGACCGGGCCCAAGGGCAAGAUGUUAUGUACCACACUGGCGAUAAGGGUUAUCUCCUAGCGGAUGGCUCUCUCGCAUUCCUGGGCCGCAUCAAUGGUGGCAAUACAUUGAUCAAGCUUCGAGGCCUCCGAAUCGACCUGGACGAGGUUGCAGGGGCAAUCUUGGCGGCGGCCCCCAAAGACUGCAUAGCUGAUGCGAUUGUGAUGGCUCGUGGAGAGCCUCAAUUCCUUGUGGCAUACGUCGUAUACGCGCAAGGAAGGAGUAUUGAUCAUGAGCAACUGGAGCUGCUCCUUCGCGAUCUUGCGUUGCCGCGCUACAUGGUCCCUUCGAUGAUCGUUCCCCUGGACCACUUGCCUACAUCGACAAACGGCAAAAUCGACAGAGCAACUCUCAGCACUCUUCCGCUCCCUGAUCAGAAAACAUGGAAGAACGACAAAACAGCCCUGACGGUUCCUGAAGGAGAGCUACGAGCACUUUGGCAGACUGUCCUUGGCGAAGCAGCGGGUGCGGCCGCCAUCGGACCGCACUCGGACUUCUUCACAGUCGGUGGCAGCUCCCUCCUCCUUGUGCGACUACAGAAUAUUUUGAGGGAGAGAAUGGGUGUCCUUCUACCGCUGCAGGACCUCUACCAGGCUACGACUCUGAGGAAGAUGGCGGCAGCAAUGCAUCAAGAACGCGGUCAAUUGACUGAGGAGACCAUCGACUGGAAGUUGGAAACGGCGAUUCCUGACAGCGUUCUAGAAAAUGCGAAGGGGCAGCCGUCAUCUCCACCACCCAAGAGCCAUGACCGCCAGGUGCUUCUCACCGGCGCGGGGUCAUUUCUGGGUAGCGAGAUUCUUACACAGUUGUUGAAGAAUGACGACGUGGCGAAAAUUCACUGUGUUGCGGUUUCUGACGACGAACGGGAAAAGCUUUCGUCUCAGGAUGAUGGCAGUGGCAGGAUGAUCAUCUACGCUGGCAGCUUGAUGAGUCCGACGCUGGGCCUCUCUGGCACGGAGAGGGCACUCCUCAGAACCGCCAUCGACCAGAUCAUACACGCAGCAGUCCAGGGCCACUGCAUGAACAACUACACGUCGGUCAAAGAUGCGCUGUAUAUUUCAACACAGACGCUGGUCAGGCUUGCUCUUCCGCGUCAGGUGCCUUUCCACUUCAUUUCGGCGCCUCGCGUGGUUCUCCUGUCCGGCCAGCACGAGGCAAAGCCAGUCUCGAUGGCUGCACAUCUUCCGCCGACAGAUGGCUCCCAGGGCGUCACAGCUUCAAAGUGGGCCAGCGAAUGCUUCCUCGAAAAGAUUGCCCAGGAGAGGGACCUUCCUGUUGUGGUGCACAGGCACUGCGCUCUAAUCGGAGAGCGGGCGCCAGCCGACGACGUUAUGAACUCGGUGGUGCGUUUUUCUGUGCUAACGCGCAAGGUGCCAAACGUGCCUGGAGCACAGGGUUUCUUCGACUUUAAAGACGUCGUGGCUGUUGCAUCUGAGAUAGAGGGCGAGGCCCCGGCAGCCACAGGGGCUGUUUGCUACCGCCAUCAUAGUGGCGAUGUGCGCGUGCCAUUCAGUGAGCUGGCAAAGCGGCUGAGUGAGGUAUAUGGGGGCGAAUUUGAGACGGUCGAGCCAUCUGAAUGGCUCCAAGCCGCAGGGGAGUUUGGAAUGGGGGAGAUGCUGGUCAUCCACCUCAAAGCCAACAUGGAGAGUGGGAAGCCUAUGGUAUUCCCGUAUCUGGGCGUUUGA